AUGAAGACAAAGACCUCAUUCAAGAAGGACGCGUUCAGGGACGCCAUUCUUAUGCUUCUCCCAGAGAAGGAUCCAGACGUCAACUCCGUCACACGUGCCAUCCACGCCUCCCAAAGUUUCGCAACAGGGUCUAAUGCAAACAACCACAGGCGCAAAGAACCCCAGGAGAACUUAGCGAGAGCCAGGACAGGCCACGCAGAGCCACCGGCACUAACCAACCUGGAAACCGAGUACAAGAAUGCAAAGAAAGGGUGCAGGACAGCUAUUCUGAGGUCGAAGAAGCUUCACUGGAAGUCGCUGUGCGAUCAGUUGGAGAAUGACGUCUGGGGCCAAGGUUACAAAUUAGUAACCAGACAACUUAAAGGCCCGAUAGUACAAUUUAACCUUAGCUCAGGAGAAAAGGACCUAGUCGUAGCUAAACUUUUCCCUAGGAAGGCGGACUGGUGGUGCAGAGACACCAAAAGGUACUCCCCGGAACCAAUCACCAUUAACGAAAUACAGGAGGCCGCAAGGAAACUUAAAGCAGGUAAAGCUCCUGGCCCGGAUAAAAUCACUCCAGAGGAAGUUAAAGAGUCUCUGACCGCUGCUCCAGACACUAUUCUUUGCCUCAUGAACACUAUUAUUAGCUCGCAAACAUUCCCGAGCAAAUCGAAAAAAGCGAACGUGACGCUUAUCUCCAAGGGCUCGGCCGACGAAGAUAAAGUGUCGUACCGACCCAUCUGUCUCCUGGACUCUCAAGGCAAGCUCUACGAGCACGUCAUCAAGGCCAGGUUCGAGCACGAAAUGGAAGAACGCGGGGCACUAACAUACAACACACAAUACGGCUUCAGAAAGGGGAGGUCAACAAUUGAUGCAGUCAAACGGGUGCUUAGUCUCGCCAACGACGGCCACAGAAAAUGGGCAGCUGCAGUUAUGAUCGACGUCCCUUCUUCACGAUCCCUUUCUCCACAUAAGUACAUAUUUUUCGAAGUUAAAGGCCAUACCCCAAAAAAGAUGGAAAUGCGACAGGCUGGUCCUCCAUUUACACUUCCCGACUCUGGGAUGAAGCAGAUAGUGGAAACACUUUUUCCAGACAGGAGCGAGAAUCUGCUGACCCCCAUAUACACAAGCGAGAUACCGCUCUUCCGCACGCAAGAAAUAGCCACAGCAGCAGCCAAGUUAAAAGUGAGGAAAGCGUCCGGCCCAGACGGUAUUCCACCAGAGGUAAUCAAGAGACUGGCAAAAGACGAGCCGACAAUACUGCGGGAUCUUUAUAAUAACUCAUUGACAAGACAGGAAUUCCCCACUUCAUGGAAACUAAUAAAAGUGGUAUUGAUCCACAAAAGUGGGACCAGCGUCGUAGGCUAUGCUGACGAUGUAGCCAUAGUAGUACAAGGUGAAAACAAACAAAAAUUGACUCUAAAUGCAAACCAUGCGCUCCAGCAGGUCGUAAAGUGGCUCCAGGCAAAUAACCUGGAACUAGCUGUGGAAAAGACGGAGGGGGUCAUUUUGAGUGGACGCAGGAAUCGACAGGAUAUCCAGAUUAAUGUAAAUGACCAAAGUGGUCUCGCAAAAGGCAACCAAGAAGUUAGCGUCAGUCGCAAGACUAAUGCCAAACUACAAAGGUCCAAAUACGGAAAAGAGGGGGAUAUUGUAUGGAGUUGUGCAGUCCACAAUUGUGUAUGCCGCACCUAUAUGGAGUCCUGUAAUGAAGAUAAAGACAUACCAACGGUCUCCAGCGCAGCAGUCCAGGUUAUAACGGGUUUCCCCCCUGUGGAUUUAAUAGUGGAGGAGAGGAGAUACGCUGCCCAAGAAGGCAGUGGCCCAGGUGCAAAACAAAGGGCGAAGGAGCGGACGAACCAAGAAUGCAUAGACAAAUGGAGGAGGUGCAGGCACCGGCAGUUGGACUACCAUUUUACACAAGUACUCACCGGACAUGGCCACUUCAAGGUCUACACAAAUAGACUAGGCAAAACCGACACUAAAUGUUUUUACUGCGAUAGAGAGGACAGUGCGGAGCACACGCUGAUCAGCUGCCUACGCUGGACCACGCAGAGGCUGCGGAUAUGCGAAACCCUCGGGGGAGAGCCAGAAGCUCUGACUCCGGCGAGCGUGGUGGAAGGCAUGCUGGACACGGCCGAAAAGUGGGGAGCAAUACAGAAAUGCAUUAUUGAUAUCAUGAAGUCGAAGAGUGUCGAACUUGCGGGAGGAGACGGAUGA